AUGCCCCAACCGUCUUCGAAGCAGGUCAAGUUUGUGGCCUCGGAUCCCAACCGCGGGGGACUCCCCGUCAAGCGCAAGCAGGUCCAGCACGCCUGUGCCGCGUGUCGACGAAAAAAGAGGCGAUGCAUUCACGCUGAGGAUUCACGCGACGAUUCUCCUGUGGCUGCGACGGCUGUCGCCGGACCAGAAGACCAGGACGAGACAUCUCCAUCCCGGUCAUCAGCCUCGUUUCAGUAUGGCGAUUCGACGGGGCCCGUCGCGACACCUUCAAGGCGCGAGUCGGCCAGCAUGACGCCAAAGCCUCAGUCAUCUUCGCGUUUCGUUGGUGAUCUGAACCCAGAGGGCAUGUUUGUGGAGGCGACAGGUUCAGCAUCAAUUCGUGAGACUUCGCAAAAGGGCGAUGUCGGUAUCUGGCUCUCGUCCACGGGCGGUGGACCAGGCCAAGCAUCACAGUUCAUCACGUCACGGCCUCCACCGAUCAUGGACCAGUUCUUGCUUCCCUUUGUUCGAGAACACUGUCUGUCAUGUCUCCCUCCGGAGAAGGAGUAUCGCAAGCUGAAGCGGUUAUUUCUUCAAAAGAUUCAUCCCAUCUUUCCCAUCAUUCCGGAGAACGCGUUGGAGGGUCCCUCUGAUGAGCCCACUAUCAUCGUUCUACGGCAACUGGUCUGUCUGGCUGCGUCCACCGAUCCCGCCAUGUCUCGCUAUCUUCGACUCAGGAAUCGGGGUGAUGAGGUUCUAACGUGCCAAGACUUUUCGCAGUCCAUCUCUUCGGCAGUGCGGGCUAUUCUUGAGACCAGCAUCAUCACCGACCGUGUUCUUCACAUCAGAGCUCUCGUCAUACUAUCCCUCUACACGCAACCAAGCAGCUCCGAGGAAGCAGAUCUCCCGGCACAACUUGGCGGGCGAGCCAUUCACCAUAUCCAGACCCUUGGACUACACCUUCUCAGGUACGAUGCUCCAAACUGCGAAGAGCUCGAGACGUUGUUUUGCGCAGUCUGGGCUGUCGACAGGAUCAACGCGGCGGCUUACGGGAGGCCAUGUUUGAUGCAUGAGAGAGACAUUGGUGCGAAUCUCGAUGGAUGCAUUAAGAAGCGUCCACCAUGCUUUCGACUUCUCCUCGCUGUGGUUCAGUGGCUUGACCAGGUCAUUGAGCUGUACCGCCCGGGACCAAGUGCUGAGGCGUCUGGUCUCGACAAGGUCGCCUACAUUGAUCUUCCGGUGCUCGAGGCUAUGAUUGUGAAUGCCGACGCUCUGAAGGUUCCGGGCUCACUGAUUGCCACCAUCGAGACUUUCUACCACGCGGUUAUUAUCCUAUCGUGUCGACUACCCCGUCCAGGCACUCUCACAGCAGCUUCAACUCUUCCUCCGCCAUCAGCCAAUGCGCGUCGCUCCCUCGCAGCUGAGCGGAUAGCAUGUGCCGUGUUACGUGAUCAUCUCAGCCCUAUGCCAUUCGUUCCCUAUGCUGUUUGUCUAGCACUUAGUGUUGAGUAUCGCAAGAUGAGACAUAGCCGCCUACCAAUGUUCCGAGCUCGAGCGAUGCAUUCGUUCCGACGAAACUGUGAAAUGUUGAGAAAAUUCGGAGACUACUUCUGGAGCGCUAAUGUCGUUGCCGGUCUUGGCGAGAGAGUGCUGAAAGAGAUGGAGCGUGCCGCGACAACUCUCACCAAGGAUACGACACCACCUCCUCCUCCAGGAGAAACACCAAGCUCGGCUCCGUCUUCGAAUUCUCAGCCAAACUCUGUUCCUCGACAACCUGAAUCCACGGUCCCGGUGGCUAAUCCGACCAUGAUCAACUCCGUGCCGAGUGUCGAGCAGCCAGUCGACUUUUCGCUCAUCGACGCCAUCUCGGGCCAGGAUGUUUUUGGUCAUAUCGAUCCCAACUUCAACCUCAACGCUGUCGAAGAUGCGCUGGAAGCCAACCUGGACAUUGCUCUUCCAUUCAACUGGGGAGAUUGGGGACAAUAUGCUACCUGA